GGGACGCGGGUCUCUGCUGAUCUGAACUGUUCCGCAAAGAAGCAACGUUACGGAUGUGGGUAGCAUCUGUGUCGCCUGUCAUACUUGUUGCACCAGGGGUGCUGCGAGGUUUGCGAGACCUGCUCAGCCCAAAUUAUGAACCCAGAGGAGCAGACUGUUACGUGGCUGAUCUCUUUAGGAGUUCUUAAUUCCCCAAAAAAGAGCAUCGCCGACCCAGAGGGAUUUCUGAAAACGUCUUUGAGAGAUGGGGUCGUCUUGUGUAAGCUUAUGGAACGACUGGUACCUGGAUCGAUCCUUAAGUGUUGUCCAGAUCCCAAAUGCGAAGCCGAUUGCGUUGCCAACAUCCGAGAGUUUCUGAAAGGAUGCACCUCUUUGAAGGUUGAGGGCUUUGAACCUGACAGCCUGUACUCUGGAGAAAAUUUUAGCAAGGUUCUCUCCACGCUGACAGCAAUAAACAUUGCUACUCAAGAGAGGUCAUGUCCACCCUGCAGCUCCUCUAUCCCUAACCUGUCCACCUCAAAGUCCCAAAAAUCCUUCCGGAGGCAAUCGAAGCCAGUGGAGAUGUCGGAGAACGGAGGGGGAGGACAGCUGGUGGUGAAGGCACGCUUCAACUUCAAACAGAACAACGAGGACGAGCUGUCCUUCAGCAAGGGCGAGCUGAUCCACGUUACACGGCAGGAGGAGGGGGGUUGGUGGGAAGGCACCCUGAACGGCAAGACCGGCUGGUUCCCCAGUAACUACGUGCGAGAGGUCAAGCCGUGUGACAAACCAAUCUCUCCAAAAGCGGUGAAAGGCUUUGAUGUUCCUCAGCUGACCAAAAACUACUACAAUGUGGUUGUGCAGGAUAUCCUGGAGCACGAGCGCGAGUUUGUGAAGGAGCUGCAAAAUGUGCUCACUUGCUACCUACGUCCCCUACAGGCCAGUGAUAAGCUGUCCAAUGCAGACAGCAGCUGCUUAUGUGGCAACCUGGAGGAAAUACACACCUUCCAACAGGGACUGUGUGUGGCACUGGAAGAAUGUACCAAGGUGCCGGAGGGCCAGCAGCGGCUUGGCGGCUGUUAUUUGAACCUGAUGUGCCAGAUCAGAACGCUGUACCUCUCCUACUGUUCCAGCCACCCCUCUGCAGUGACUGUGCUCACCGAUCACAGCGAGGAGCUAGACAAGUUCAUGGAGAGCCAGGGUGCUGGUGCGCCAGGCAUCCUGACUCUGACCACCAGCCUGAGUAAGCCCUUCAUGAGGCUGGAGAAGUAUCCGACCCUGAUGCAGGAGCUGGAGAGACACGUGGAGGAAGCCCACCCGGACUACAGUGACCUCCUGAAGGCAACGGCUGCUUUUAAAGGUCUUGUGACACAGUGCCAGGACCUGCGUAAGCGCAAAAACCUGGAGCUGCAGAUCCUGUCGGAGACGGUGCGCAGCUGGGAGGGGGACAGCAUCAAGUCCCUGGGCCAGGUGGUCUACAUGUCUCAAGUGCACACGCAGAGCGGCCCCGGGGAGGACAAGGAAGAGCGAUACUUCAUGCUGUUCCCCAACAUGUUAAUUAUGUUGUCUGCCAGCCCGCGAAUGAGUGGCUUCAUCUACCAGGGCCGGCUCCCGCUGUCAGGAGUCACUGUGACCAGGCAGCCGGAGGAUGCGGAGAUGGGUCAUUACGCCUUUGAGGUCACAGGGGGCAUGCUCGAGCGCGUCACCGUCUUCUGCAGUAGCUCUCAAGAGCUACAGGAGUGGCUGGAGCACCUGCAUCCUUACAUCAAAGGAGGAAGCCCAGCAGGAACCAUCACUAAGAAUGCCGAAGGCAAGUACGCGAGUGUCAUCGGCACUCCGUCCCACCAGGGUCACGCCCAGGGCUUUGGCACGGCCGUGGGCAGCCGAGGCCCUCUGGAGCCCCCGAAGAUCACCAAGCCGUGGUCGCUAAGCUGCCUGAGGCCGGCGCCUCCACUCAAACCCUCAGCCGCACUGGGCUACAAGGAGAGGAUGUCUUAUAUCCUGAAGGACUCCAGCAAAAGCCCUAAGCCCAUCAAGAAGUUCCUGCCGAAGAGAAAAACAGAGAGGAAGCCAUCGGACGACGACUGUUCGAUCAGAAAAAGUACUGCAGCUCUGGAGGAAGACGCGCAGAUCCUGAAGGUGAUCGAGGCAUACUGCACCGGAGCCAGUCUGCACCAGGCCACGGCUGUUCGUAAGGAGGGCGUGCCGCAGGUCCUGCUUCCAGAAGACGAGAAAAUUAUUGUUGAAGAGAUGAAGAGCAACGGUCAGACCAUCAUCGAAGAGAAAAGCCUUGUUGAUGCUGUUUAUGCAUUAAAAGAUGAGGUCCAUGAGCUAAAGAAGGAGAAUAAGUGGAUGAAGCAGUGUCUGGAGGAGGAGCAGAAAUCCCGCCGAGAGCUCGAGCGUGUGGUCAGGAAGCUGGUCAAACAAAAGAAUGACUGUGCCUGGGAAGAUGGAGGCCACUAGCGUGUUAAACAUGCUGCCCAUCUGGAACACACAAAGUGUUUUUGCAACCCCCGGGGAGAUUGGGAAGUGUAACGAGGGAGACUCACUGAACCAGAGGACCACGAGCCUGGCAUACCCCACGAACUACGCGGAGCCACGUUUGCAUAAGUCCGAGAUCCAGGUGCACGCGUGCUGUUGAUGAACAGCCGCUGUUCAACAAGCGUACGAGUGAGCUCAGUAUAUCACCCGUUAUCGCCUCUCUAAUUGCCCUAACAGGACACCGACAGGCGACUCCAUCCUAUGCCUUUAUUUCUCGUGGUGUACGUUUAUAAAAUAAGAUGUGAAGUCUAUAUGAGAAAUAUAGAUGGUAUAGUAUUUGUUUUCUGUUGUACAUCAAAGACAUGAGAUGUCUCAUCUGCCAUUGUAAAAUAAUCUUUUUUUCCCUUGUCUUUGUUUUCAUAAUGCCAAGCUUUACUGUAAGUAAUCAAAUAAUCCAAGGAGAUACAGGCGUGGCCCGAGGAUUAUUUUCUCUUAAACUGCGCUGCCUGCAAUCUACAAUCUGUACGAUAUUUCUAUACCUUCUUCAUAUUAGAUAAUGUUGUGUCUGAUAAUCUUGUCAUGCUAGUUCAAAACGUAAGGUAUAGCAUAUAAUGUUCGUAUAUCAUAUAUACUGAUACGAUAUAUUAUAGCUAGUAUGGCCAAAAAUAACCAUAUAAGCUUUCAUUUUCAUACCGAAUAGUCCUGUGUUGAGAACGUGUGUCCUAAGUGCUUGGACUCUUUUGAGUCCUCUAUAGGUGCUCGGCCCUACACAAUGAUCAUCAGUAACGUUACUGGGGAAAUGACAAGCUGCUACAUUAACAGUGACACAAUGAGAGAACCUUAAAGCCUCUGGUAUAAAUCUGUUGGCUUCUAUAUUAAUGCAGCGUGAAUAUGAACAUGAAUGUCCGAAUCGGGUAACUACGGAGCCGAGCUGAAACGUACCGUAAUAUUGUAACUUAAUUUUAUCCUCUCUCCUAGUAAUAAUUUAGUAAAUACAUGUUGUACUUCUUAACUGGUACACUAUCGCAUACGUGCAUGACCUGCAUGUAUGCUUUUAACUGUUUCAUAAUCUGCCUUGUAACCGAGUCAGGCUUAUAACACAUAUCAUUACUAAUAAGUGGAACGUUGAUUUGUAUUUAAAAAAUAAAUAAAUAAACAAUCAAACUUAUGGGCUUUAUUAAGCCUUAUAGCACUGCUGGUGACUAAACAGGAGAAUGGGUGGGAUUGUGUACAUAUGAACCGGAGGGGAUUACCAGAAGCAAAACCAUCAAAGUUGCGUGAGGGGAGCGUUUCAAUUUCGGCCUUGUGAAAACAGAUAAGUAUUCGAUGCAAUAGAAGUGACUGCAUGGUGUCUGACGAGAUGGAAGUUAGCGUGUAAGUCACACUUCUAACCAGAAAUCAACACAUGCAGAGUGUAAAAGCUAUAUACCGCUGUUACUGCAGUGCUGUGAUUAGACAUUUUUGUUUUGAAAGUUUUUUGUUUGUUUGUUUUUUGUUAUUUGUUUUUUUGGUAAUUAACUUAAUUGGCAUGUUCUUACAUCUGUGUGCUUUGCGUAUACUUUCAAAUUUUCCAUUGUUACAUAGGACACGGUUCCGCCUCGUUUUUAUGAUAUCCUGUGUAAUGUUUUUAGCAAAAAAAAAAUGACUGUUGUAAUUUUGUCAUUACUGACCUGUGGUACACACACAUUUAUGGAUUAGUUCACAAUUUGAAGGACUGAUUGGUGUCAUCAGUUUCCAUUUUUAGUAGCAAAUUAUGGCAGGUUAAUUUUUACACAUGUAGAUUUACAGUGCCAGUGGUGUCGUGUCUGGUAAUUCUAUAACUGCCCAAUAUCUGCAGCACUUGCAGGCUUAUUUGAGUGAAUGCUCGUCUACUCCAUUACAUUUUGUCCAAGUGUCCAUGUCUGCAAACCUGUCAAGGGUUUCUAUGCAAUUCUAAUUGUCCCUGAAUGUCAUGGGCUUUUGUUCUGUUUUUAGUUUCUUUCACGAUCAUUUCAAAAAGGGUCAUUUUAAUAAAAUAAAUAACAUCCCUGUUGUGGA